UGGGGUACACUUUCUCUUUGUGGUAUUCCACCUCUUGCUUGCUUCUGGUCCAAAGAUGAAAUCCUUAGUAAUAGUUGGUUGUAUUCGCCCUUUUUUGGAAUAAUAGCUUCCUUUACUGCAGGAUUAACUGCCUUUUAUAUGUUUCGGAUAUAUUUACUUACAUUUGGUGGGUAUUUGCGUGUUCAUUUUCAAAAUUACAGUAGCACUAAAGAGAGUUCCUUGUAUUCAAUAUCCUUAUGGGGAAAAAGGAUACCCAAAGGAGUGAAUAGGGAUUUCGUUUUAUCAACAACGAAGAGUGGAGUUUCUUUUUUUUCACAAAAUAUACCCAAAAUUCAAGGUAAUACAAGAAAUAGGAUAGGAUCCUUUACUACGUCUUUUGGGGCUAAAAACACUUUUGCCUAUCCGCAUGAAACGGGAAAUACUAUGUUAUUUCCUCUUCUUAUAUUACUACUUUUCACUUUGUUCAUUGGAUUCAUAGGAAUCUCUUUUGAUAAUGGAGGAAUGGAUAAUGGAAUAGCAGAGUUAACCAUAUUAUCAAAGUGGUUAACUCCCUCAAAAAACUUUACCCAGGAAAGUUCUAAUUCUUUUGUAAAUUCAUAUGAAUUUAUUACUAAUGCAAUUUCUUCUGUAACUCUAGCUAUCUUUGGUUUAUUCAUAGCAUAUAUCUUCUAUGGAUCUGCUUAUUCUUUUUUUCAGAAUUUGGAUUUAAUAAACUCUUUUGUAAAAAGAAAUCCUAAAAAAGAAUUUUUGGAUCAAGUAAAAAAAAAUAUAUACAGUUGGUCAUAUAAUCGUGGUUAUAUAGAUAUUUUCUAUACUAGGGUCUUUACCCUCGGUAUAAGAGGGUUAACCGAACUAACGGAGUUUUUUGAUAAGGGUGUUAUUGAUGGAAUUACCAAUGGAGUGGGUCUUGCUAGUUUUUGUAUAGGAGAAGAAAUUAAAUAUGUAGGGGGAGGUCGAAUCUCGUCUUAUUUAUUCUUUUUUUUAUGUUAUGUAUCUGUGUUUUUAUUCUUUUUCUUUCUUAAGUUAAGGAAUUCAAGUCUCUUGCAAAAAUAACUAUCCUACCCCUUUCUACAAUCUCUCUAUAAUCCCACCUUGUUACAUAAGGUAAGUAUUGUAUAAUCGUUCGGUUUUCCGCGAUUUUUUCCAUUCCUCUGUGUAAAUACCCUAAUAUGGGUUCACAAUCAAUAACAUCCUCACCAUCAAGAGUAACGAUCAGUCGAAGAACACCAUGCAUUGAUGGGUGUUGAGGGCCCAUAUUGACUAUCAUGAGAUCUUUUUUUGUAAGCGGUAGACUCAUAUCCUUUCUUCCUUAAUUCAUUAUUCCAUGAAAAUGGAUUAUUCCAUGAAUUCCUCAAAGUGAGGCUCAUCAAAAUGAAAAAUCUAAGACUACUAUAAAGACUACUAAAAAAAUAAUAAAACAAGAAAAAAAUUUGAAGGAUUAAAUUACUGCUCCCGAAUAUUCAACUGACCCGAUUAAUUUCUUAUAACGUACUCUAUUUUUCUUUGCCAAAUAAGCCAGCAAACGUCGACGUUUUUCCCAAAAGUCUUCGUAGACCUCUUUCCGAUGAAAAAUCUUUUUUGUGUAAUUCCAAAUGUGAAGCAAGUCUCCGUAUCUUAUUGGUGAAACUGAAUACUUGAAAUUCAACAGAACCCCUGUUUUCUUCUUUUUCUUCUUUAACCAUAAAUCCUAAAAUUUUUCUACCUCCUUUCUUUUUCAUGUAUUUUUC